UCUGGGCAGUUGAGAAUAUGGAGGCUAGGGAUGCUGGGUAAUGGCGCUCGCAUACUUAAACCCCGUCAUCUUCUGCUGGUCAUUGUGACACGACAACUCUAGGCAUCACCGUGACUGCACCAGCAUCCUCUACUGCAAGAACAUAUAAACAAGCACGCGCCCCAAUUGACAAUCCCCAAGCCAAAAUGCAGUUCACAAAGUACCUCACCCUUACCACCCUCCUCUUCCUCCAAACCUCCCUCGCCGCCCCGGCCCCCCAGCCCCAAGUCGCUCGCGCCUGCGACUACACCUGCGGCAGCCACUGCUACUCCAGCAGCGCCGUCUCCUCCGCCCAGAACGCCGGCUACAACUACGUCGAGCAAGGCGGCCACGCCGGCAGCAGCAGCUACCCGCACGUCUACAAAAACUACGAAGACUUUGAUUUCCCGGUGCAGCCGACGUACUAUGAGUUCCCGAUUCUGAGCGGCGGAUCGACGUACUCGGGUGGUUCGCCGGGCGCGGAUCGGGUGAUUUUUAAUGAGGAUGGGGAGUUGGCGGGGUUGAUUACGCAUUCGGGGGCUAGUGGGAAUAACUUUGUGGCUUGUGAAUAGAGUAGGACUGGUAUGGUUG